CACAUUCAUUACACAUCCAUAGCACAUAGCUUGCCCUAACCAUACUGCGUCAUGUCCCAAUACACACGAGUAUCCCGUGAAGGCAAUACCGCCGCAAGCUUACUAAGAGAAACGGAUGACGGGUCCUUCCACGACCUGAGCGACGUUUUGUUUGACACCACCGAGCUCGAAUUCGACUCAGAUAGCACUGAAACCGCAUAUCACAACACUGGGGGGUUUGCCAAUAACAAUGGUAUGCUCUACGCAAACUUAGCCUCAAACGUGGAACCUACCGUGGCUUCGAACACGGACUUGGUAGGCCUUUCUACCGAAAGCCCACGUAUUGACUCCGAAACUCCUAGUGAAAGCCCCUCAUUCUUAUCUCCCUUACAAUACGAAGUCCAGCACCACAACGGAAUCCAAGCUCCAGACGAACACACGCCCCAGGAGGGCUCCAGCACCGAUAUGGGGGACGAUACCGCCCAACCGUGGCACCGGCGUUUUCUCCACCGCUCGCACACCCUCAUUAACCGCUACUUCCCGUACAGCCCGCUCUCCCAGGUGGCCGCAGGGGACCGCGGGGGCGCGUACGUAAACGUUGUGCGCGGUGCCGAAUUCGAUGGCGUGUUUGGCACCGCUGCCAGCACCGCUACACCGCCUAAACCGGCUGCCGCCGCGCACGUUCUCCCAACUUACGCCACCGCGAUAUCCGAUCCCGCACCGUCGUACGCCUCGACCUUCGAUCCCUAUGCUGAAGAUUCGCUCUUCAUCGACGGGCUUCCGGUCGGAAACGUUGUCAUCCUCGGCUGGAACUUGAUCAUCGUGUUGAUGUUCCAGUACGUGGGCUUUAUCAUGACGUACCUCCUUCAUACCAGCCACGCGUCAAAGUGUGGCGCGCAAUUUGGAUUGGGCUUGACGCUCCUCAACUGGGGUGUCCAGAUGUGGCGCAAACCCGCCAAUGGCGCCGCGAUGCUGCCGCACGACCCACCGAUCAAGCUACAGCCGAACGACCCCAGCAACUUUGAUGUCGUAGGCGGUAUUUCUGGCUCCGUAGACACCUACCAUUCUGACUUGCCCACUGUCGCGACUGCAGCGGCCAAGAGCUCCGAUGCCGGUUUCACCUCGCACAUGCCAUUCGUGUGGUUGGUGCUUGCAGCUGGAGUGGCCAUCUGUCUCAAGGCCAUGUACGACUAUUACCAGGUCAAGCAGCUUGAAUGGAAGAUCUUUAAUGGAUUCAGCUUUGAAACGCUUGAGGAAGGGGUGUAUGGGCGCCAUCCCGAGGAGGAGGCGUUCGACUUGGAAGAGUUGCGCAACCGCAGAGAGGAGGUAUAACGGGACCGUCAAGGGGUUAAACACGACCUGCUGUUACCCUUUUACAUCUUGGAAGUGCUUCAGAAACGAGGCAUAGGAAAGUUAGCGGCUGGAGCUCUAUCCGGUCUGAACACGGAGAUAUGCAUGACUGACAAAAUGCAGUAGCACGACACGGAUGCAAUCGUAUGGCCUAAGUCAAUAUGAGGUUAUAUCUAGUGCAAGCUAUUUUUAUUUACAAGAGCAGAUAUUCUACCGUAGUUUUCCUAAAUGUGGAUAUACGGCUUGUGCCAAAAUGUCCAAGCGUGAUAAUCGACACAUUUUCGGUACUUGAAGGUGAGGCAGCCAUGCUGAUAUCAACAUCUCUGUAGUUAAAACCACCGAUUAUUUAGCACCAAGUACCAAAAAAGCUCUAGCUCAUAUAAGUAAACC